AUGUUUGAACUAGGUCUACUGACGGGCGAUUUACAGUCUCCGGCCUCCAUGGGCCCGUCCUCGGUACCAUCGACCGAACGCAAAUCACAUACACCAUCAAAGACCCAUUCAAGAUCAAGACCGCUGCGCAGGCGAGGCUCGUCGCCCCCUCCCUCUUCCCCGCCUGGUCUUCCAACGCCCGCAUUCUCCCCCGAUGGACACACAGACGGACCAACAGACGAUGACGACAUUGUCGAAGAUACACUAUCACCGUUUGAUCCGCGCAGGAUCACACCUACGCUCCAUGCAUCGCUUGUAUCGGAGAUCCUCUCGCUCCGCCGCGAGAUAGAAAACAAGACGAAGGCUAUCGAUGGAUUGGAGGAGAGUUUGGACGAGUCAAGAACGGAGAAUGAAACGCUAUCCGCGACUCUCUCGCAAGUAACCCGGGAAGGACGCUCGUUAAAACAUCAAAUCCAGCUAUUGGAGGGCGGGACAUCAUCUGCGAUGAAUGAGCUAGCUCGGGAGCGCGAUGAAGCUGUCGAGAAUAUCGGCGAUGUUCGUAAAAAGCUCGAGCAGGCGCAGAAGAAGUCGCGCAGUCGGGAAGAGGAACUCGAGCGCACUCAGGUGCUGUGGAAUCAGGAUCAAGACUCCUGGGCGGGUGAACGGCGUGCUUUGGAGCGCAAAGUCCAUGUAGUAGAAGGCCGUUUGAAGACUGUCUUGAAUGAGGUCGCAGCAGCCCAGGAAGUCGCAACUCUUCACUCGCAAUCCCAGCAGAGCGAGAACGGAGAAGCGGACAAAGCCAAGGAGAGCGAUUCCGCAAGCAUCGCGUCUAGUAGCUUCGGCCGCCGGCGCACGAGUGUGACCACCGUCAGCUCGGAUGAUGGUGAAUUGACGUCCAACUUCCAUAACGUUCGAUACUCUGUGAUGAGUGUGGCUCCUGGGGCGAUCAACAGUUCUGGUGUGAACUUGGCAGACGAACUCGACUUCGAUGAAGAUGAUGAGUUUGUUCCGUCCGAUGACGAGACACCCGCAUCUCCAGAGGCCCUCCCCGAGGAGCGUCCAAUGUCCGUUCACUCGCAGGCAUCGCACAGUGUGUCCUUCAAGGCUAGGAAGCUCCUCGGUCUGUCCAUGCAGAGCGCAGACUCCCCCGUCGCUGCAGAGUUCCGCACACGGGACACUCACCAUGAUGGUAUGGCACAUCCGGCUGAUAUAACAACGAAAUAUUGUGAUAUUGGUAUCCAGUACUCGCCUCCUCCGUCCCCCACAAUCGAGCCCGCUCCCUCGGAUGACGUUGGCCCCGUGGCAGAGCCGAUGCAUUUGAGCGAGACACCGAACGCACCCGAGACCAAGGAUACCUCGACACUAACCAUCGAAACCGAAAUGGUUUCAUCAUCUUGCCAGACCGUAGGUGAACUCCCGAGUCCACCGUGGACGCCAAAGGUUGUAGAUUCGCCACCUCUUCAAGCCCAACCUACACCCCAGCCGGUACAGAUGACAUCGGCCUCCACGCAAACAGAAGACGCGCCUGAGCCUGAAGUGGUCCACAACGAGAAGCGAACGAGCUUAUCACCAAACGAUGUCCCAGCACAGAUGGACAUUCCAGUAAUCACUAUCCACGCACCCGGUUCAGAGCCCUCCUCGCCCCGCAACAGCGUCGUUCUUCCACCACGAACCAAGACCAUUGGGUGUCAGGCCAACUUCCGAGCGAUUGUGGAUUGUCAGUCCGUCGGCAUUCAAACGGAGGAGAUUCGUAUCGAUCAACGACCCGUCAAACUUCCCGCCAGUCUUCUCCCUUCUGCUAUCCAAGACACCGUUCCUCGCCCCGAGUCUCAAGAUACCAGCCUCGAAUCCUACGGCGCCCCUCCUGUUCCGCCACGAUCCGAAAAGCGAAACCAAAGACGCGGGGCAGCAGACCAUACCGUCAAGCCUUCCAAAGCAUCAGGCCCAGACCAUGUGCAGGCCUACCCGGGUAACAAUGACAAUGGCCCGCUAUCCGACGGAGCAUUGUCCAAUAUCCGACGACCUCUACGGUCCAGCAGUCUCUUCGCCGGCUUUGAACAUAAUAGCGACGAUGAGGGACCCCACGGAGAACGUGACGUAUUCACCGACGACGAGCUUCUCAACCGACCCUUUGCUGCAUAUACCGUCAGCCGGGGCAAGCUCGUCAAUGCCAAAUCGAGGCCCAGCCUAGACAGCAUGACUCUUCCCGAAAUUGACGAGCAGCUUUCCAGCCCUGACUCUAUGCCACCUGUCAUCGGCCGCUCCCGUCCAUCCCAGCGAUCCAGCACGGCCUCAUCCAGCAUUCGUCAACCUGGAAUCCGCAAAAUGGCAAUGAUCUCCAAUGGAGCAGCCGUGCACCAGAGGUCCCGCGCUCGGAGCCCCAGCGAGCCCAGCAUAGAUAGCGGCAGCGCAGGCUCUAGUAUCGCGCCGCCAUUCCCCGUUCCUAUGCGGUUGAGCUCUCGCAAAAUCCCGCUAAACGGCAGCGACGGUCCACCGAGCCCGACGCGCUCGGCCGGAAGACAGUUCUCGGAUCGUGGUGGCCAAUCACUAGUAAGACGACCGACUCUCCGUCGUGUCCGAUCCGCCGCGGCUAUGUCUCAAUCUGAACUCACUGAACGGCCUGAAACGCAAUCAUCUCCCUCUCGGUCGAUCUCAACUUUCUCUCCAGAGUCGCCUGUAUACCGACCAUACCGACCCCCACCGAUGCCAUUUGACGAUAUCACAGCACCGCGCGAGCGGCGUGCAGCCCCUAGACGUGCCUCCCACCGCGCAACCCCAUCUUAUAGAAGCCAGGACCAACGUGAAAGACAGGAUUCCGUUGGCGGCGUGCAGCCAACCAGUGUUGUUGACGCUAUUGCGCAGACGAUGGUCGGUGAAUGGAUGUUCAAGUACGUGCGUCGACGCAAGUCCUUUGGCAUGGGCGAGUCCAAGGAUAAUUGGGAGGGCAAGAACCCGGAGGAUGUCUCCGCCAAUAUCACCAACAGCGGCGUGCGGCACAAACGAUGGGUCUGGCUUGCUCCGUACGAAGGCUCCAUCAUGUGGAGCAGCAAACAACCCACCAGUGGGCCUGCCCUGCUAGGAAAGAGUGGUCGAAAGUUCACCAUCCAAUCCGUGCUCGACGUCAAAGACGACAAUCCUCUACCAAAGGGCAACACCUCCACCCCAUUCAACCGCUCAAUCCUCGUCCUCACCCCUCAACGCGCCCUCAAAUUCACAGCCCUAACCAUCGAACGCCACUACGUCUGGUUAACAGCCCUCUCCUUCCUAAGCCACUCCUCAAUGGGCCUCCACGACCUAGCAUCUCUCCCUCAACCCCCAACCGAAGAACCCGCCCCCUCAGCAACAAUCCUCCGCCGCAACCCAAUCCGCGACUCAAUCCGCGUCGCCAAAGGCCGACCCCGCCCAAUGCCCGGAAAACGCUUCGCAAGCGCCGGCCCUGCAGUCCCAGUCCCAGUCCCCGAACUCCCAAAAGAAAGCCUCGACCUCGCCGCCGACGCCCCCCCACCCCUCCAGGCCCUCCGCAGCUUCUCCAGCCAAGGCACCAUGCCUUCUUCCCACGGCACCGUCUCCCCAGAACUACACUUCCCACCCAUGGCUCCCAUCCCAGGCCUUAGUCGCCAGAGCAGCGUUAGUCGUCGCACCUCCGAGGCCUCGGGUAGAUCUCCCAGCGUCGCUAGUAACAUGUUCGACAUGGGUACUAUGCGCAUGGAGGCUUUCAUCGAUCAUCACGCUGAGCAGAUGAAUCGGCCUCGUCCGCCUCCGCGCCAAAGGCACAUUCGCAAGACUUCGAGCCAGUGGAGCGAGAGACGGUAUGAGUUUGAUACGCCGUCUGUUGUCGAUAGUGAGAUUUCGUUUCGGCCCGAUGCAUCGGAUCCGUUCCGUGAGUUCUGA